AUGAACAAAAUCGACCGGUGCACGUACCCCGAUGGCAUGGAACUGCACCUUAAAAAAUCGAUUAAUCCCGUUGAGGUCUCGCGAUGGAGGGCCCUCGUUGGAUUUUUGAGUGAGCCCGUGUUCCGGGGGGCGCAUGCGCGGCCGGGGGCCUGUGACGUCACGCGGCGCUCCCGGGGCGCAGCGCCAGUGCCCGCGACCGCGCGACCAACCACGCGCCUCUCCCGCCUCGUGGCCUCU